AUGUCAUCCUUCGCCCCAACCUCCACGUCUGCUAACACAUCGUCGACGUCUUAUGCCGAGUUUGACAAGGAAGAUGUCGAGUUUUUUAAAGGUAUCUCCAGGAUCCCAUACAAGCCAGACGCCGGCCCCACCGAGUCGCUGGUCUACAAACAUUACAACGCUUCACAGGUGGUGCUGGGAAGAACCAUGGAGGAGUGGCUUCGAUUCUCUGUUUGUUUCUGGCACACAUUCCGGGGAACAGGUGCUGAUCCAUUUGGUUUCCCGACUCUGAUCAGGCCAUGGGAUGAUGGCAGCAACAGUUUGGAGAAUGCCCGCAGACGUCUGCGGGCCUCAUUUGAAUUCUUCACCAAACUUGGAGUCAAGUACUGGACCUUCCAUGAUCGGGACAUUGCACCCGAGGGAGGUACUCUCUCAGAGUCCAACAAAAACCUGGAUGAGAUUGUGGAUCUGGCUGAACAGCUGCAGAAAAAGACUGGAGUCAAACUGCUGUGGGCAACUUGUAAUUUGUUUUCUCAUCCCAGGUACAUGAAUGGAGCCAGCACCAACCCGGACGCCCAGGUGUUUGCUUACGCUGGAGCCCAGGUGAAGAAGGGACUGGAGGUGGCUCAAAGACUUGGAGCAGAAAACUUUGUGUUCUGGGGAGGUCGAGAAGGAUUCCAUUCAAUCCUCAACACCAACAUCCGAGCUGAGCUCGACCACAUGGCUACAUUCUUUAGACUAGCAGUUGCUUACAAAAAGAAACUUGGCUUCAAAGGAGUGUUCCUCAUUGAGCCAAAGCCAAAAGAGCCAGCAAAACAUCAGUAUGAUUAUGACGCCAUGACUGUCAUUGGCUUCCUCAGAACUUAUGGGUUGGAGAAUGAAGUCAAGUUGAACAUUGAACCCAACCACACUACAUUGGCUGGCCACGCGUACGAGCAUGAUAUUGUGGUGGCAUCAGCCUACAACAUGCUGGGCUCUGUUGACGCCAACACAGGAUCUCCAGAUCUGGGCUGGGACACGGACCAGUUUCCCAUGGAUGUCAGAAAUGCAACAGUGGUGAUGCAGGUGAUCCUAAAACAAGGAGGUCUGCAGCCUGGGGGUCUCAACUUUGACUGUAAAGUUCGCAGGGAGUCAACAAACCUAGAGGACAUGUUCAUCUCUCACAUUGGUGCCAUGGACACAUUUGCCAGGGGUCUCAAGAAUGCAGCCAGAAUUCUGGAGGAUGGUAUCAUCGUCAGACAUGUGGAGGAUCGCUACAGCAGUUACAAGUCUGGCAUUGGGGCCAAGAUUGAAGCAGGAAACACAACUCUGGAGGAGCUGGAGGAAUAUGUCCAGACCCAUGGAGAGCCUCAGCGUAUUUCUGGCCAGCAGGAGCACUACGAGAACAUGCUGAACUUCUACCUGUAG